CCAACAAUGCAAAUGGAGUCGAACAGUAGCGAGAUCAAAUCUGUAAAAACGAGCCAUGUUUGAGAGAACUAGCAAAAAUCUAGCUAAUCGCUACCGAAACUGGGUUAAACGUAAUUUAUUCUACUAUGAGUAGAGCUUGAAUACACAACAGGUUUUGCUAUGUCGCUGGGUUUUAAACUAAACGGGAGGUGUCCCAAGUAAGUUGUUGAUUGUUUUUGUUCGAGGACCCCCAUCCGCCCUAGGCCUGCAGAAUGAAGAAGUGAAAAUCACCAAAAUUUGUCAUUAAAAUGAAAUCAAAAGGUGGAAAUUCGACGAAACCUAAAGAUUGUGAUACUGGACAGAAAGCUGACUCUCUGAAACCAUUGAGGGGCAAAAGUUUCUAUCUUCACCUCACCAACUACACAGGGUCCAAACAAUACAAAGGAAAGCUGAGGAAUUUAAAAGAGGAUCUCAUCAAGCAUGGGGCUAGACUAGAAGAAUUCCUGAGCAAAGACAUCAAGUACCUAGUCACCAACCAGCUGACCGCCAGGGAGUGCAGAGACAAUGACCACUCCACAGUUUCUACCCCCAGUCCAUUCAACCUGGCGUCCCCAGGGGUGGAGUCCCCCCAGACCAAUUCCCCUGCCCAGGGGGACGCUGAGAAGACGCUGUCCAGAGGGAAGAAGAUUGUCCAGCAGGCAGCUAAAGGGUCCAGGGGGACCAGCAAUAUUCUUGCAAAUGCCAAAAAGUUUGGAGUUCGAAUCAUUCACAUCUCGACUGUAGAGAAAUGGUUGGCAGAAAAAGGAACUGUGGGGGAAACUAGCAAACGUAAAGAAGUCGCCAAAACUCAAGAUGAUACUCCUUCCAAAUUUAGAGCAGAGAAGAAACAACUGGGUGGCCAGUCUUUGAAGUUUGAGGCCAGAAACCACCAUUACAAGCCUGUGUACAAAGAAUUUGACACUUGGCCCGUCUUAAAUUUAGCCUCACCUGGUGGCACAUGUCCAUUUGAUAAUGAGGCUAUAGGUGCUGCGCCUGAACCAAGGGCAGAGGGCGGCCAGGAGCAGGAGGAGGUUGAUGAACAAAAUACAGGAGGAACGCCACAAAGACGAGGGCAAGGUUCAGGCAAGGCUAAGGCAGGCACAUCUGAUGCCAUGAAUACACUGGUGACUGCUGGCGAGCUGAAGAGAAUGAAGGAAGUCAAAAGAAAGGCAGAUGCCAAGAAAGGAUACUGUGAAAUGUGCAAGCUCCAUUAUAAUAACAUUGAUAAGGGGACCAGCAAUAUUCUUGCAAAUGCCAAAAAGUUUGGAGUUCGAAUCAUUCACAUCUCAACUGUAGAGAAAUGGUUGGCAGAAAAAGGAACUAUGGGGGAAACUAGCAAAUGUAAAGAAGUCGCCAAAACUCAAGAUGAUACUCCUUCCAAAUUUAGAGCAGAGAAGAAACAACUGGGUGGCCAGUCUUUGAAGUUUGAGGCCAGAAACCACCAUUACAAGCCUGUGUACAAAGAAUUUGACACUUGGCCCGUCUUAAAUUUAGCCUCACCUGGUGGCACAUGUCCAUUUGAUAAUGAGGCUAUAGGUGCUGCGCCUGAACCAAGGGCAGAGGGCGGCCAGGAGCAGGAGGAGGUUGAUGAACAAAAUACAGGAGGAACGCCACAAAGACGAGGGCAAGGUUCAGGCAAGGCUAAGGCAGGCACAUCUGAUGCCAUGAAUACACUGGUGACUGCUGGCGAGCUGAAGAGAAUGAAGGAAGCCAAAAGAAAGGCAGAUGCCAAGAAAGGAUACUGUGAAAUGUGCAAGCUCCAUUAUAAUAACAUUGAUAAGCACGUAGCCUCCAAGGAGCACAAACGCACCUACGAGGACAACCAGAGUCCGUGGAGAAAUCUGGAUUUGUUGAUCAGUCGAGGGCCAAACAUGGAUCGUUUCUUGAGAGACGUGCAGGACUACCAUCCGUUACACUUACAGGAGGCCCAGAGCAGUGAAGGGGAGGAAGUUGAACUGUUGACACCAGAAAAGAGGGCACCACCAGCAGCAGGAAGGACAUCCAAGGCCUCAAAUUCUCAGAGACCUGUGGCAGGCAAAGAUGCAAAGUCUGCAGAAACUGUAAGCCCAGCACAAACCAGCACCACGAAGGGAAAGAAAGCUCUGUUCAAAUCAAAGCCUGCUUCAACAGCACCUAAAAGUGGAGAACAGCAAGGACAGAGCAACCUGAGAAGUUUAAAGACCAAGCAGCUGCUGGAGCCAGUGCCUGUGUCAGAGAAGGCUUCUGACCCAGACCUUAAUAUUAUUGAAGUUGAACAGGUCGCAGACCUUCCCCAAGAGGUCAUUGACCUUGGACUGGAGGUCGUUGACCUUGAAGAGAGCAAUGAAAGAUGUGGCAGUGUGGAAGGAAGGACGGUGAGAAGGACUAAAGAAAAAGUUGGUUAAAGAUAAAGAUAAAAACCAAGG